GACUCUGAGUGCAAAACCAAGAUUGCUUUUCUGGUUGUAGGAACUUUUCUUGCGAGCGUUUCAUUCUUCGUCGUUUCCGCGAUCAGUUUUGAUCGCUUCCUCGCUAUCAGCCUGCAUCUUCGUUACAGGGAAAUUGUAACAGAAAAGAAAGUAAGCAUUACUCUGACCGUUCUCUGGACGCUCAGCGCAGUUGCAGCUCUCGGUUACCUGUUCAUGGGAGAUGUUAACCGAGAGGCAGUGUUUAGCACAUUUGCGAUAAUAUUUUUCGUCACAACCACCAUAACUUUUGUAAGAAUCUACCUCGCUGUCCGCAAACAUCGUUUGCAGAUAAAAUCUCAAGAACAAACGGCAAGUGAAAAUUGCAAAGAAUUAGCGCUGAGCAAAAGAAAGCUUAAAUCGGCCGUCAACAUCUUGUAUGUUUACAUCGUGUUCAUCGCUUGUUAUCUUCCCUAUACAGGUACAAUGCUGAUUAUAGUAACGUCUGAGCAGGGAUUAUUUCUGAAAGGAAUGUUUCAGUUUUCACUGACAUUAGCAUUUUUGAAUUCGUCUUUGAAUCCCAUCUUAUACUGCUGGCGGAUGAGAGAGAUACGGAGAUAUGUUUUAGAAAUUCUCAAGAAAUUUCUGCCAUGUUUACAAAUGGAUCAAGGUACUGAAAUCCCAAAGGAGAAGAAAUUAUCAAUCUUCACCUCCUCUCAUUUCAAAAAAGACCAGUCUACAAAGAGUCGAGCAAGUCAAGUUAAUUAAACGAGGCAUUCGUCAUCAAAUGAUCAAAGAGGAUUUUUGAGAGGCACUUAUUCGACAAAUAGACAUUUUCAGUCACCGAUAGACUCGAUGUCGAUAUGGAAAAUUGGAAAAAAAUCUUCAAAUUGGACAGAUGCUUCAUCGAAG